AUGCAGGAAAAAGAGGACAAUAACAAGGUGGAGAUGGUAGAAAAUGAAGAAGAGUUGAGCUACAACCAACGAUCAAGAGCCAAUACAAACGCUCUGAUGACAGCCAAAGGAUACGUGACACUGGCGACAUUGAAAGAAGAGCUUCAGUGUAUUAUUUGCCAGUACACUAUGUAUAAGCCAAUCUCAGUAGUAUGUGGACACUCCUUUUGCCGUGUGUGUCUUCUGGAUUCGUUAUUGACACGACCAAUUGAGGAAGCGAAAUGCUCGAUCUGCCGUGUUGAUCUUUUGCAGCCAUUCGUUGCAAACUCGUCCUUAACGUCGAUGUUUUCGAUCAAUGUCACGCUGUGGAAUCUUGGCCAACUGCUUAUCUCGUCGGUCGCUGAGAGGAUUCAGUCUUAUCACCAAGAGGAAGAGCAGAAGUUCUCGUCCAAGCUCGACCAACUGGAUGCUAAAUGGAAAGUCUUUACUCUUAGUGAACGAGCUGCGAAGUAUCACGGAGACGAGGAACAGGAACAUACGAGAUCAUCAGGCCGAUGGGAAGAAGAUCAUAUAGGGAACGAAGAAUACCCCGUGCUGAAAGUCGAAGAUAACCGCGAUGGUAAUUUACACAUUACUCGGAACAUAGUUCUGGACACCAGUGAUGAAAACGAGGAUGGGUAUGCUAACAUGCGUGUCGGAAUCGCUAUUGUGGAGUUCCCCAACAUUUUUGAACUGUACAACGAACACCAGGAAUGCUCAGUGAAUGUUAUCAAAUUGGAGGAAGACGAGGAGAUGGCAUAUGGGUUGCCAUUUUUUAUGAACGGGGAUGGAGACGACGAUGAUUUUGUUUGUAGUUCGUACUACAACGAAAUCAGUCUUCAUGUAUGCGACGAAGCGGGCAACUGCGUGAUGGAACGAACUCGCGGUGCACAAGGUGGUGUGGUAACUUUUCCAGGCUUGCGCCUCGACGUGCCUGGUGGUAUGUACACAUUCCGCUUUUCUGACGACCUCUACGGACUGAAGCUUAGCAUUACGACUCGUUUGCGUGAGCCGCACGAGAUCUCGGACACCCCCCUUGCCGACUUUUUCAGUUUCAUCCACGAUGACAUAAGGGAUGUUUGUCGUUGGAAUCGUGUCACACAUCAUGAUAGCGAUAGUGAAAGUGAAUCUGACGAAGAAGGAAGCGAGUCGGACGACUCGUUCAUCGUAGAUGAUUGUAUUGGUGAAGAACACAACGAGCAGCCCGUCGGUCGCUUCUCUGAUGAUGACGGUGACGAUCACGUGGAGUACCAUAGUGACGAUGAAGCGACAGAUGAGAAGACGGAGCAGCUGCGAACAAGACGGCGGCAGCGUUCGAGCCGACAAUCCGAACGUGACGUUCCAAUCGUCAAAGAGCAUCACGAUGAUGAUUCAUUGUCUAGUGAGGAAGGUGAGCGUUCUGAUGAACAAGAAAAUAUGGACGAACGAGAGGAGGAUGAGGAGUCUGAUGACGAAGUGCGACCAGGACGCCGCAAUGUUCGAGUUGUUGAGGGUCUGUUUUCUUCGGAUGGAGAGACUGACCCAAAGGAACAUGACAGUGUAAAUGGUCUGUUUUCUUCGGAUGGAGAGACUGACCAAAAGGAACAUGACAUUGUGGAUGGAGAGGCUGGUCAUGACAGUGUGGAUGCUGCUAAAGAAACUAAAACUGAAGAAGAACAACAUGACGUUGUCCGUCUGCGUCAGCGAAAUGCGAAUCAAAUCGUUGACAGCGACGACGAAGAUGAAGGCAAGGGUGAACCGGUAGAGAGUGACGAAGCAGAGAAAGCGGACGAUGACAGUGGUGGUGUGCAGAACGAUCAUGAUGAGGAGCGUACAGAGCACAGUACUGAUGGUGCAAGCCACAGCGUUGCUGUGGAGGAUCAAUGCAGUGAAGAGAACGUCACUGUAGCAUCGAAUGCUACGCGAAAAGUAAACCGUGCUCAGAGGUUUCAAGAUGGAGAGUCUGACAAAGAAGUCAAAGCAGAUGCAGAGGAUGGAAUUUUUGAAAGGAGACCGCGAAAACGAUCUCGAAAGGCUCAAAGCAUUGACGAGGUCGAAAGUGACAAGGAGCAAAUGGAACGCUCGAUCAUGUCGUUGAAUCAUGAGCAGGCAAAUGAUGAGGAAGACAUUGAUGAAAUUGAAGUGCAUUGA